CCGAAAUCCAUUUCAUCAUUAGCACCGACUUCUAACUCCGACAGGGUGCAAAACGGGAUCAAUUGCGCGCUUUGUGUAGCUGAAUUCCAGCGGCAGAUGUUCGGAGGACUCACCUGUGUGGCCACACUUUGCAGGGAAUGAAUGAGCCGCUGGAGAAGCGGAAACUAUGGACCAUCAUGCUGAACACCUUGAAAAGGCCCCGCUUGGAGGAGACCGAGACCGAGACGGAGCGCCUGGGGUGCAUCCGCAGUGCAGCCAAAGUCGUCGCUGUGCCCGGAGGUGCCCAUGAUACGGUCUUUCGGGGCCAAGCUCUGCUUUGUGUGGCCAAAGCACUAGCAGCAGAGGAGGUGGGUGAUCCUUUGUACGCCUUGGAAGAUAGCUUCCAUCAAAUCCUGAUGGCUCAUCCGCUGCCGGCCUUGGCAAGGCUAAUGCCUGCGAAGUUGCAGGCCAUGUGGUCAGCGAGACCUUUGAUUGAUGCGAUGGGUCCCAACUUCGCCGACAGUUGUCAUCGAGCUCUGCUGACCACCAGCCGCCCCGAGGUUUGGUCCUCGGCCGCCCAGCUGCGGGCCUCGGCUCGGCUGCUGAGAGCGGCCGUGAGGCGCACCCCCCAACCGACGGAGGAACCUUCGAAAAGCCACAAGGGCUUUGGUUGAAAACGGUCCAAGACGUAGCACAGGUCAAUUCGGUUCCAUGUCACUUGGCGGUUUGGCCACCGGUUCGCCGUCCCCCACGGGUGCUGGCUCGACCCACGGUUGACCCUGUCGGAUCGGAACAGGUCAGAGGGAAGGGAAGACAGAGAACACGUCCCAA